CUGGUCAGCUCCAAAAGGGGGCGGUACAAGAAGCGAAGUCACAGAUAAAUUACCUCAUUAGUUAUUGUGUCGGGAGGACUCGUUAUGGCGGAGCUGUGGAGCCCAUGGAGACUAUGUCCAAGAACUGGCCCCUGAGAGCCAGAGGUCUUCAGGCAUCACCAGAGAAACCACCCCAGUUCCCAGAAUCCAGUGUGAAUGAGAACAACAUGAGGUUUCCUAAACGCUUGGUGGCAAACAGGCGUGUGUUGGUGCUUUGUGUGAUUUUAGGUUUGCUGGGUUUGGUGACUGUCUCUCUACCGCUAAUUGAGAGAGAGACAAGAAAACCCGUUGACUGGCACGUCAGCCCCGCACAUAAGAAGAAGGUGCAGGAGCAUGUGCAAAGAGUUCUGAAGGCUCAGUGUCGUACCGGCAGCACCAGACAAGCCUUGUUAGAUCAACUCCCUGUUUCCAGUCACAUGACCCAGCCCUUCCUGUGGAAAGACGUGCCACUCCCUGAUGAACUCUUCCUGUACCCACCGCCAUUUGGGUUCAAGGGUCUUCAGGGCAAAGUGGAAAACCUGCUGAAGCAGCUGCCAGACUCUGACUCCGAACCCCAGCCACGAAACGCAUCAGAUAAAUGUCAGCGAUGUGUGGUCGUGGGAAAUGGAGGCGUCCUCAGAGGCCUGGAGCUGGGCCCACUGAUCGACCGCUUUGACACGGUUAUCAGGUUAAACAGUGGUCCUCUGGGAGAGUUCAGUGUUGACGUUGGAAAUCGAACCAGCAUCCGGAUGAGUUACCCAGAGGGCACACCGCUGCAGUGGAUGGACACAGACCCACACACUAUGUUUGUAGCUGUGGUGUAUAAAAGUGGAGACAUCAGCUGGACCUCUGCUAUGGUCAACAAGCUCACUGUGCCUCUGUGGGACUGGCUCUUCUUCUGGCAGAAGGUUCCAGAUCAAAUCCCUCUUGAGCCGCACAGGUUCAGACUUCUAAACCCGCUAGUCAUCAGAGAGACUGCAUUGGAUCUUCUGAAAUACCCUCCACCCAGAACACGCCUGUGGGGCCAGGACCAGAAUGUGCCGACCAUCGGAAUCUCUGCACUGAAUUUAGCCAGCCUGCUGUGUGACGAGGUCAGCCUGGCGGGCUUUGGCUACACUCUCUCCCAGCAGGGAGCGCCACUGCACUACUAUGACCACCGGCUCAUGGACAGCAUGCUGCAGGAGACCUCGCACAACGUGAACAGAGAGACCAAACUCCUACAAAGCCUCGUCAAACAGGGAGCAUUCACCGACCUGACGGGGGGGAUCCAAUGCUCCUUCUGCCCCAGCUGAUCCUGAGUUGUUCCCCUUUUCUUUGUUGUGAAGUCCUUUUAAAAGAACAAAUGAAACACUGUACAAAAAAUUCAGAAAAGCAAACUUACUGACAAAGACUUACAAAUAUGUGAGAAGAAAGGAAGAAAAGAAAAACAGGUGAGAGGAAAACUGAGAUGGGUCGAACUGCAGUCCUCCCUCCUGCGGGUAGUAGGGUCCCAUUGUGUGAAGAAGGCUAUGUAAACAUUUUUUUCACCUUAGCAGUCCACCAAGAUCUGUUCUCAACAAAUGUUUAAUGCGAGCAAUAAGCUAUCCGGUUGCUGAAUCUUAACUCACAUCGGCACAACUGCACUCCAGGUUGCCAUGGAUGCGGUUACCGGUGGUUAUCAGCAGAUGUUGAACUCUAGAAUUAAACGUUCCAAUAAAUAUUAAUCUGCUCCUCCUUAAAGUCAGUUUUGAUAUUUGAUAUAAUUAUAUUUUUUUAACUAUAUGACCUGGCAAUUGACUUCUAUUGAUAAUUCAGUAAUUCCUCCAACCAACAGAGGGGGGCGAUAGUACCUCAGGAGAGCGGUCUGAGGCUGCAGUUUGACCCUUUUGCAUAAACUUGAGACAAAGUUUCUUCUUAAAGGACACAAAAACAGAAAGAAAGUAACAUGGGUACCUACCUGCAACUCUAUUAUAUAGUCUUUAGUCAAUAUUUAUAUAUUUGAAAGUUAUUCUGUUAGCAGCAAUUUCAUUCAUCUUCCCCACAUGGCUUUUAAACCAACCAACAAAAUGUAAUUUUCUUUGCUGACACACCAAACUAAAAGCUGUCAUAUGAAGAUACUCAGUAUAUUACCGGUAACAUCACCAAUCAUCCAUGUGCUGAUAGUAUUAAUACAUAGAUAGCUCAACAUUUUGUCCGCUUUCAAAUUGAACGAGUUAAAUUGGUUCAGAUGUAUUUAGUUCAUCGUGUUGUUUACGCUCACACUGCAACAAACAUCUGUAUCUUUAACAUUUUUGGAGCAGGCUUCGAAUAGUUGACGCAUAACACAAACAUAUAUUACUUAAUAGUUUAACUGCUAUGUUUUAAACGGUGCUAAAAAUGUUUAGUACAUUUGAUCAUUCCACUGGAGAUUAGCAGUGUAACAGUUUUACAAUUACUCGAUUAGUUCUUUCUGUGGUUUCAGUGGGGCCAGUUUCCGUGCUUACGCCUGGAUUUAGUUUAAUAUGCUUUCUUCCAAAAUGGUCUGUAAUAAUAUUUAUAAGUUGUGUUUUGUUUUUUAUUUAUUCAUGAUUAAUAUAAUUUGUUAUGCAGUUACUAAUGUUAUACACUGUACAAUGUGGUUACCUUCAAAUUCACUUAAGCCUAAUCUUUUGAGUUGCCACAACAUGCUGUUCUUUUUCUUCAGCCGGCUGUUAUUUCAGAUUUCUUGUGUUUAGGUUAAUCUAGGUUAAUCUAAACACAGCUACUUGUUAAAAACAUGAGUCAAAUGUGAAUUUAAUACAGUUCUCCAAGGAAUGUACUCUUUUACAUGGACACUGCUCUUUUUGUGUGACAGAUGGAAAUGAAGGUACCUAUUUGCUCACUACUGUACGUAUUAGGACACAAAAUAAAACCUCUGAUAAAGACUGAA